GUUUUCUUAAUUAUGUUAUUUUAGAAAGUUCAAAGGGAGGCCCAUAUAAUAUAAUUUGAAAGCCCAAUAAAUGGAAUGGAUCGGAGGAAGGCGGCAAAAGUAACCAACCCAACCGGGGAAACCACCGAAUCCCUAACUCCCUCCAUAGAUUCAAUGGCGGCGAGCUCCGGCGAUGAAUCUGACCCUUGCCGUGAACCAAAGCCUAAGGGGAAGAUUUCGGAGUAUGAGAAGCUGAGGCUCUCCAGGAUCGCUGAGAACAAAGCCAGAUUGGAAGCUCUUGGCAUCUUUAAAUCCGCCGCAAAGGUCCUUCCUCUGGGUUCCCGAAAACGUAGAGCAAAUCGCAGUUCCCCUGAGGAAGACGAUGAUUGUGAUUAUACACCCCCCGAUGAUGAUGAUGAUGAUGAUGAUGAUGAUGAUGACUAUGACAAUGACGAUGAUUUUUUUGAUAACUCAACCUGUAAAAGAAAGAAGAAGAUGGACAAGGCCUCCCCAUCCAAGACAAGAGUCUUCUCUAAGAAAAAAUUGGAUAGAACAGAUCCCAUUGGAGACGACGACACGGAUGAUGACUUAGAGAAGGCAAUAGCGCUUUCUCUGCAGGACUCUGUUCCAGGAGGCUCUCCUACUACUACCCCUACCAAGACUAUGAGAAACGAUCAGGGUUCUGCAAGUUGGAAGAAGAAAAAAACGGAAUAUAUGAGCAAAAUGCAGAUGACGGAUGAUGAAUUGGUCAUUUACUUCUAUCAGUUUGAUGAAGCGGGAAAAGGGUUCAUUACUCUGAGAGAUGUGGCGAAUAUGGCAACCAUGCAUGAUUUCACAUGGACGGAGGAGGAAUUACAAGACAUGAUUCGUUGCUUUGACAUGGAUAAGGACGGAAAGCUGAGCAUGGAUGACUUCAGGAAGAUUGUUACCCGAUGCCGCAUGUUGAAAGAAUCUUGAUGGUACUUUGUGAUUUUUGAUGACUAUUUAUUAAAUGAUGAUUCCCCAUGUUAUGAAUUCAAGUGAAAUUGACAACUCUUUAGAGCGUACGUAUGAUUAACAACAUAUAUAUGGAACGACUUCAAAACUGAGGCGGAUACUCCUCCAUAUUACUUCUAUAAAUUAAUAAACUUACAAACCCA